AUGCCUGAGCCCGUGUGUCCGUAUCCGUCUCUGAGGCAUAUGGCCAUUGGCAUGUCGCAGAGGCAGGCACCAGCAAGUGGCGCGAGUAUGCCUUCCGGGCUUCCCCCUCUUUCGCAGUGGUUCUUGGCCAACAACGUCAAGACGCCGGCAGAGCUCAACAAGUUUCAACUUCCGCACAUCUUCUCGGACGGUGGUGCCAAUGUUCCACGGGCCCCGGCGAGAACAGGCAAGGUCCCUGCCGCCGAGAGCGUCGCGGAGAAGACACACCAUGCCGGCACGACGGCCGCGGGCGACGCGCGUCGAGGAAGCUCCGGCGGCAACAACAGCGACGUCACGGGCGAGGAGCCCGACGUGUCCGGCUGCCGCGUCCCAGGCGACAAACUCGCCGAGCUGCGCGAUGUCACGGCGUCCUUUCUGGUCCGUGACCCGAAAGGAAGUCUGCUGGAGCCCUCGUCGACGGUCUUGCUCAACUCGCACACCGACGACAUGCAGAUUGUCGACGGGCUCGUCCUGCACCUGGCAAAGGAGCUGCAGGCAACUCUCGUGUCGGUAGACUUGGAGGACUUGCAGGACCUGGGAUACGAAUUCGGCCUCUACGAGAGGCGGGCACAGCUGGCCAACGUGGCCCUUCAGAAUGAUCUGCUGGCGGCCAACAAGUCCGUGGUUUGCGGCAUGGCGCUGCGCUACUUCGGGGCCUCGCCGCAGAACCCGGAGUUCGCCGCCUCUGCGCAGGAGCGGACGACCGAAGCCAUCAACAUGAUCUUGGAUCUCCAGCUCCCCAGACCUCCGUCGAAGCCCAGCGUGGCACUCGGCCGCUCCUCGGGAGUUGUGCCGUCCAGCACCUUCUGGGAGCGAGCUACCGCCCCCCCCCUUUUCAUACACAUCCGGGACAUCUACAACAUCAUCAACUGGCCCAACGGUGCUCGGGUUCUGCUAAACUUCCAGAGGUGUAUCCGGACGAGACGGAGUCAGGGCCUCGGCGUCGUCCUUCUGAUCUCUCAACUCCCGUAUCACGCAUGCCGGAUAAAAGACGCAGAACAAAAGAGUGACAAAGACGCAAAACAAAAGAGUAGAAAAGAUGCCUCCGAGUCGCUGGUGCCCAUCGGCCAACAGGUCGACAUCAUUCCCACCGAGAGCAAACCGGAGCUAGGCCACAGGGGAUUGUACAAGUUGCUAUCCCAAGCCAGCUUUCGACGUUUCAAGGCCCUGCUGCGAUGGCACGUUCCCCAUUUUCUCAUGAGCCCCGACGUCCUCGUGGCUUGCCAUCCCUCCUCAACCUGGAGGCUGGAAGACGACACAAGGUACAAGUUCUCCAUCUGCGUCGCACAGGACCCGCGCAAGUUCCUCACCCAGAUCAAAGGCCGUGCCUAUGGAAAGGGCCAUGCCAACCUCGACGACGUACGGGCGGUUCUGCUGCGCCUGGGCUGGUUGAUACGGGCAGACGCCAAGGUCGAAGCAGCGCAAGAGCCCGUGGAGCAAUCGGUCGACAGGGCGUCGUGGAACGAUGAGAUGAGAAGGAUUGCGGAGACCGCGGACAAACACGAGAAGUCACUCAUGGAAUGCAUCGUCCGCCCAGAUGAGGUUGACUACACGUACGAAGACGUCGUCAUGGACCAAGAGACCAAGGAGAUCGUCCAGAGCCUGGUUUCGCUGUCGACCCUGAACACGGACGCCGAGCCGGGGCCGCUCAUGAGGCCGCUCCGCAUCAAGGGAGCUCUGCUCUACGGGCCCCCGGGGACGGGCAAGACGCAUCUCUGCCGAGCCAUUGCCAAGGCGUCGGGGACAAACAUGCUUGCCAUUGCCUCGGCGGAAAUGCAGUCCCAGCACAUUGGCGAGUCCGAGAAGCUCAUCAAGGCGGCCUUCAAGCUCGCCAAGAAGCUGUUCCCCUGCGUGCUGCUCAUCGACGACGCGGACGCGCUCUUCUCGCGCCGCUCGUCCGAAGACAACGACUGGAGGCGGCCCUCCCUCACCCAGUUCCUCAUCGAGAUGGACGGACUGUCCGAGAGCAACGAGGCCCCCUUUGUCAUGGUGGCGACGAACCGUCCCCAGGACCUGGACGACGCCUUCUACCGCCGGCUCCCGCAGAAGAUCUACUUUGGGCUGCCCGACGAGGAGUCGCGCGCCAAGAUCCUCCGGCUCAUCCUGAGGGAGGAGGAGCUGGAUCCCCUCGUCGACAUUGACUGCCUGGCCAGGAAGACGGACAAGUACUCGGGCUCGGACCUGCGAAAUCUUUGCGCCGAGGCCGCGCAUCUCUGGGCCAUGGAGCAGCGCAAGACGGCACCAAACGGAGCAAAGAUGGACCAGAACAUGCCGCUCUCGGUCCGCCACUUUGAAAAGGCGCUCCAGAAGAUGCGGCCGACCGUUUCCGACACGACCAUGGAGUCUCUCGCGGCCUUUACCCGCAAGUUUGGCGUCAAAUCCUCCCACAACAGCGGCAGCAGCGCGUCGUCUCCCGUCGCCGCAUAUGCCGACUUGGUGAGGCAGCCCCUUGUGUCCAUCCCCAUCCCACCGCCAGAGGAGGACACGGCCUGGACUACUGAAGGAGAGGAGAUGCCCGGACAGGAAGCCGGGAGCCCGGGCCCGGCCCGUGACUGCUGUCGUGCAGACGUGUCCUCGCCCUCACGAGAAACCACGACGCAGUGUGGAAAGAGAAAGAGAAGCGACUCGGAUGCGCGCGAUGCCACCGAGUGCCGCAGGAGCCCUCAUCCCUCUUGCGCAAACGAAGCCAGCAGAGGGGAGUCGGGAGACGGCGUGAAGGAGGAAUGA